CUUCGACUUCGACAUGGAGAGGGUCACAGAUAAGGUCAAGAGGCAUAUUCCCUCGAAGCAGACGCUUAGGGCACGAUGCACUUCUGUCAGAAGCUGGGAGCUCCCGAAGCAGAACAGUGCUGUUGCGCCCGAUUAUGUCUGGACGAACAAAGAUAUGGAUCCGGUUUUGCCUGAAGACCAGACUUGGACUAUCAGGACUUGGAUGGCGUAUUGGGCGACUGACUGCAUCAAUUUGGGUACCUGGGAGACUGCCAGUUCCAUCGUAGCAGUCGGUCUGACUUGGAGAGAAGCAAUUCCCAUCAUGGUAGUCGGCAACUUCUGCGUCGCCAUUCCAAUGGUCCUCAACGGCGCCAUCGGAGCUGCUUUGCAUGUCCCUUUUUCAGUGAUCAUUCGAUCCGGCUUCGGCUACUAUUUCGCCUACUUCGCAAUUGUCUCGCGCUCGAUCCUGGCAAUGUUCUGGCUUGGUGUCCAAAACGCUAAUGGCGCGCAAUGUGUGACACUGAUGAUCUCUUCGAUCUGGCCUUCGUACAAUAACGUUAAGAAUACGAUUCCAGCAGACCAAGGUAUCACUACCCAGGCCAUGAUCUCUUACUUUAUCUUCUGGAUAGUACAAUUGCCACUGCUGCUGAUCCCACCGACCCGACUGCGAUGGCUCUUCAUUAUCAAGCUCGUCGCGGCACCAGUGACCGCUAUUGCGACCUUGGGCUGGUGUGUCCACAAAGCUGGUGGAGGUGGAUCGCUCUUCGAUGUGAAGCCAAGUGUUAUUGGCUCGACCUAUGCUUAUCUUUGGCUAAGCUGCAUGUCUUCAGUGACGGGAAGCUACUCUACUCUUUCGUGCAAUAUUGCGGAUUUCUCUCGUUAUGCGAAAUCUACGAGAGCUCAGUAUAUUCAGCUCCCGUCUCUGCCGUUCAUCUUCACGCUGUGUGGGGUGCUUGGAAUCAUUACGACUUCGACGACUCAGAUCAUUUGGGGUGAAUUCUAUUGGAAUCCACUGGACAUUCUGAAGCAUUGGCAAGAAUCUGGAUCAGGCGGUCGAGCUGCUACAUUCUUUGCUGCGGCAUCAUGGUAUAUUGCCACUGUUGGGACGAAUAUCACAGCAAACAGCAUCUCAGCCGCGAAUGAUCUGACAGUCCUCUUCCCUCGCUGGGUCAACAUCUUCCGACGCUGCAUCAUCGCUACCAUUGUAGGGGGAUGGGUUAUAGUACCUUGGAAGAUCUUAUCAUCUGCCACCACAUUUUUGGCAUUCAUGGGCGGCUACUCCAUCUUCUUAGCUCCGAUCGCUGGCAUCAUGGCUUCCGACUACUGGAUCGUCAAACGCAAGGCCCUCGAUGUCCCAGCCCUCUACGAUCCGCACGGACGAUACCGCUAUUGGCACGGGAUCAAUUGGCAAGGCUUCGUAGCUUUCCUCGUCGCUGUCGGUCCUAACACUCCUGGUCUGGCUCAUAGUAUCAACUCUAACGCGAAGAUCUCAGAUGGAGCCAAGAAUCUUUACACUUUCUGCUGGCUUUACGGCUUCACGAGUAGUGUCGUCAUCUAUAUCACUUUGCACAAGUUCUUCCCUGCGAAAGGUAGUUUGGUUGAGACGACGAUUGAUGGCGUGGAGAUUGUGAGUGAGAGGAAUGCUUCUUCUGGUAGAUCUUCGGAUGAUGAGAAGCAUGUGGGUCGAGUGAAAGAGAUUGAGCAUGAGGCUGUAGAGGGGGUUGGGUAUGCUAAUGUUGAUCCGUUGCAUAAGGUCAGUCACACUUAUGAGCAGGGAGGUAUUGUGCAUGUGAAGAAGUAAAGCUCUGCGGCCAUGAGAUUUAUGAGCAUGCCAGCGCGAACUUAAGCAAUAGGGUUAGUGCCUGCUGUUUGUUGUUCAUCACGCUCAAGGAAUGUGAAGGUUGUCAU